AGAAAAGGUGGGAAGCCCGGUCAGAAAAGGGGCUCGUCUUAUAGAGUUUGCACUUUGCAAGCUGUGGGUGUGACUCCAUUUCCUCACCACCCACAUGAAAAAGGUCGCCACCCAAUCAGUGUGUUUUCUUUCCAAAAGCCCCUCCUCUUUCAUCUUGGCUCGGGAGAGACCCUUCGAAAGCCUGCCCUUUCUGUACUAUGCAGCCUGUGACAUAUAAAAGCUGUUAGCUGCUCCUGGGGCCAGCCGCGUCAAAACUAGCAAGACUUUUUGUUCUCAGACGGUUUGUAAUAAGACACACUCCUCCUUACAAGGGUUUAUGCCACAACAUAGCAAAGAGCUUUUUAAAAAAUUGGAAGGACAAUAUAUUCAUUUUGGCAUUGCUCAGAGAGUAAACCCUGUGGCUUCUCCCCUCCUCCAUCCCAAGAUGAUAGCAAUUUCUGCUGUCAGUGGUGUGCUCUUGUUUUCCCUUCUCUGUGAAACAAGUGCAGUCGUCUUACUCAACGCCACUGACUCAUCCUCGCCAACCAAUAACUUCACUGAUAUUGAAGCCGCUCUAAAAGCACAUCUGGACUCAGCGGAUCUCCCCAAAGCCAGAAGGAAGCGCUACAUCUCGCAGAAUGACAUGAUCGCCAUCCUCGAUUAUCACAACCAAGUUCGGGGCAAGGUGUUUCCACCUGCUGCCAACAUGGAAUACAUGGUUUGGGAUGAAAACCUUGCAAAAUCAGCAGAGGCUUGGGCUGCCACAUGCAUUUGGGACCAUGGACCUUCUUAUUUACUGAGAUUUUUGGGCCAAAAUCUGUCUGUACGAACUGGAAGGUAUCGCUCCAUUCUCCAAUUGGUUAAACCAUGGUAUGAUGAAGUCAAAGAUUAUGCUUUUCCAUAUCCUCAAGACUGCAAUCCCAGAUGCCCUAUGAGAUGUUAUGGACCAAUGUGUACACAUUAUACACAGAUGGUCUGGGCUACUUCCAACCGGAUUGGCUGUGCAAUCCAUACCUGCCAGAACAUGAAUGUUUGGGGAGCUGUGUGGCAGCGAGCAAUUUACUUGGUAUGCAACUAUGCCCCCAAGGGAAACUGGAUUGGAGAAGCACCAUACAAAGUAGGAGUGCCAUGCUCAGCUUGUCCUCCCAGUUAUGGAGGGUCUUGUACUGAUAACCUUUGUUUUCCAGGAGUAACAUCAAACUACUUAUAUUGGUUUAAAUAA